AUGGCUGUGACUGUAAACGGUGCCAUAUGCUGUGGUCAACUAGCUAUGAGUUUAAUGCAAACAUUCUUCAUGUUUUAUUAUGUAAAAGUAUUUUGGAAUAUUUACAAAAUAGAUCAGUUUUGGUUUGGUUUAUCGCAAAUGUUAUUUGUUGUAUGGAAUGCAAUCAAUGACCCCACUACAUGGUUUCACUGUCGUACGAAAGUAAUAUCGUACUUGGCACCUUUUUUGGCAAUUUCUUUUCUAAUUUUUUGGUUUCCUUGGUAUGAUAUAGAAAAACCAUCACAGCCUUACAUUGUCGGAUAUCAUUUAAUCGUUGCCCUUUUUCUAUACGACUCUUUUUUUAGUUGUGUCAAUGUUUCAUGGAGUGCUUUAUUCGCAGAAACUACCUGUAACCGAUCUGAACGUAUAUCUGCUUUAAAAUUUUCGCAGUUUGCGAUACUUAUAUCCGUAAAUAUUAUUCCAAUCACUGAAAAAUUAACGGAUGGCUUAGAUAAGUUUCGUAUCUUCCAAUGCAUUAGUGUUAUUCUUGCCAUGUUAGCACUGAUAUGUUUCAAAAUCACGGGGUCAUUAAAGUAUCGGAAGUCGACAUAUGACGAAGUAAAUUCUCCAAAACCAUUACGGGAAAAGUCUGCAACAAAAAUUGCUUUUGCAUUAAAAACAACUGCUCAAAUUUUGACUAACGGCGAUUUUCGAAUAAUCGCUUUCACAUAUUUCCUUCAUUCAUGCAGGUCAACUAUACAUUUGAACUUUGCUUCCAUUGCUACCGAAUUAUUAGUGCCAGAAAAUGUUAUGGAAAAAGGAUCCUGGGAAAUGAGUAUUUUUUAUGCAGCUUGUACUCUUGGUCCUCAGCUGCUUGUGGUAUUAAGUGGUGAUUUAAUCGUCAGAAUAGGUGCAGCUUCCGUUAUUACUAAAUCGCUCAUAGGUUCUGUGAUUUCAUCUUUUUCACUCAUGAUGUUUGGGUACAGUCGACCAUAUUUAAUUAUUUUAUUCAUGCUUUUUGACAGUAUAACAGUUCAUUCAAUAGCUCCAUUAUAUCAAGUUUUGCUUGCUGAAUACAUUGAAGAUGAUAUGACUCACUUUGCACGACAGUAAGU